UUUCCUUUCUUUCGUCAAAUACCAUUUGUAUCAUGGAGGCCACUGAGCAGGACCUUGCACCCAGACCCGACCUACCCACAUCUCCAGCAACUGUCAAAAAUGAACCAAAUACGCCAACCCCACUCUCCAAAAGAGCCCAAAAACGAGCUGCCAAACAAGCCAAAUGGGAUGCAAUGAAAGAAGAACGGUUAGAAAUACGUAAACAGAAACGAGCGCAAGUUAAACAGAUGCGAAAAGAAAAGAUUAAGCAGGGUCUCUUGCAACCCAAACCUCGGCGUCCACCCCACCAAGACCCUUCACCCAUGACCAUAGCCAUUGACCUCUCCUUUGAAGACAAAAUGAUCAAAAAGGAAAUCGACAGUACAGCCCGCCAAAUCGCCCGAUGCUACGCAGCCAACAAAGCCAGUACAAAACCCGUUCACCUCGCCUUCACCUCCUUUACCGGUCAAGUCAAACAAGCCCUCUCCAUCAAAUACAGAGACUUUGAACGCUGGGUAGAAGGAAAAUGCCCCAUUCUUUACACAGAGGAUACAUUUACGACUCUCUCUGAUCCCUCUAAUAUCGUCUACCUGACUGCCGACGCUUCAACCACCCUCACCGAGCUAGAUGAAACAAAAACGUACGUGAUUGGUGGGAUUGUAGAUAAGAAUCGGUACAAGGGUCUCUGUUACGAACAAGCCAAAGCGUACGGCCUCGCAACAGCCAAACUCCCACUUGACCACUACGUUGCCAUGCAGUCCCGUAAAGUCCUUACAAUCAAUCAUGUGUUUGAAAUUAUGAUAAAGUGGCUUGAGACGAGAGACUGGCAACAAUCGUUUUUGGCUGUAUUACCACAGCGGAAGAACGUCCAUGCCAAACAAGACGACGAUGAUGAUGAUGUGCAUGACGGUGUACACGAAGGGGAAUCGGAUUUUGACGAGACUGAAGAACAGGACCUUGGAGAUUCCCAUGAGAAUGGAAAGGGAAUUGAAGAUCAAGAGACGGGAAUGGGGGAGCACGUCUCCCAACAUCAUAAAGCGAAUGGAGAGAGGAAUGUAGUUGACGUACCGGGGCCAGAGCACACUUUGGAGGAUCUGCAAGAGAAAGUAAAGCGAAAAGUCGAGGAAGAGGAACCUGUGGAUACCUUGGACCCAGCUGCCAAACGACAAAAGCCAUAACAACCCCAAUACGCAUCAUGUACAUAGUCACUGACACAAUAAGAUAAUCAAACUCUUGGCAUAUUGAUACCC